UCUGGCAAACAGAAUCAGCUGAAGCGAUCAAAGGAUGAGAAAUUAUUGAAAGCCAAGUCUGCUCUUGUACGAUAUCUUCAAACUGGCAGUGUGUGUUUCUGUUUUGCGAAGAACGAUACCGUUGUGCUGUCGAGCCGACAAUGGAUGUCAACCAGUCUGAAAAAUUCCCUCGCCCUUUCCUCCUGGAGAGGUAUUUUGCUGAACAUGAAUUCACAGCACCACACAUGCUGUGCGCGUCGGAUUGUGAGUCGCUACCCAUGGCUCAACUUGUGUCCAUGAUGAAGCCAGACACUCGAGAGCUGUGGGACAACCUUGCACUGGGAUACACAGAAAGCCAAGGUCAUCCGAAAUUACGUCAUGCAGUCGCGGAGAUGUACGAGCACGAUGCAAUCACGCCAGAGAAAGUUCAAAUCCUAGCUCCAGCAGAAGGCAUUUACGUCGCACUGCGUAGCUUAUUGAAGGCUGGGGAUCGUGUCGUAUGCACAUGGCCUGGCUAUCAGAGUCUGAGCGAAGUGGCUCUUGCACAAGGUGCCCAUGUGGAUCGCUGGGAAGUUGAGGAAGGUGAUGCAGGAUUUUACUUUGAUGUGGAUAAGCUGGAGCAGUUGUUGCAGAGUGGACCGUGUCGGGGUGUGAUUGUGAACUUCCCGCACAACCCGACUGGUGCUCUCCCGUCGCAUGACCAGUGGGAACGUAUCAUUCGACUGGUGUCGCAGCACGACGCAUUCCUGUUCUCGGAUGAGAUGUACCGUGGACUGGAGUACGACAGCGGUGAUUGUCUCGCAUCGGCCUGUACCGUCUACAAGCAAGCCAUCUCCUUGUCUGGCAUGAGUAAGGUGUAUGGGAUGCCAGGGUUGCGCAUUGGCUGGCUUGUGUCUCAGAAUACUGAUAUGCUUGGCAGUUGUGCAGCGUAUAGAGACUACUGUACGAUCUGCGCAUCCGCUCCAGCGGAGGUGUUAUCGUUGGCGGGCCUCGAGAAUAGUGCUAAACUCCUGGCUCAGAGCAAGGCUCGUGUCCUCAAGACGAUCGAGGCGAUUGAAGAGAUGCUUAGCCACCCGGAGGCUUCGGCCCACUUCACCUUCCAUCGUCCAAAGGCUGGCCCGAUUUCGUUGAUCGGCUUACGUGGGAAGCAGUGUGGCAAGGCCUACUGCAAACGUCUUGUGGAGCAAAGCGGCGUUUUACUCCUGCCCUCUCAUCUGCUGGAAUGGAAGGAGCAUUACAUGAGGAUUGGGUUCGGUCGUGAUUCAGGACCGGCUGUUGUACGUCGGUGGUAUGAAGCGGUGAAAGGGGGACUCGUGCCAGAGUAAAUAAUGUGCGAGUAAAUAAUGUGCUCUGCUGGACUUCCUCCUAUGAUGACUGCUCUGAGCUGCCAGGCUGCUUGCGUGGUGUGACAUGCCUGGCUAAGAGAGGUUUGUGGACCUAGGCCGCUGCAGCCUUCGCGAAGUGUGAUGUGGCUGUGCAUUGAAACACACAGUCAAGGCUAUACCAGCAAUACAAUGCCUACUACCACUGCUGAGCCCUGAACUGCCAUUCCAUUGCUAGUGUAUUGAGAGAGAGAGAGAGAGAGAGAGAGAGAGAGAGAGAGAGAGAGAAAGAGAGAGAGAGAGAGAGAGAGAGAGAAAGAGAGAGAUAGAGAGAGAGAGAGAGAGAGAGAGAGAGAGAGAGAGAGAGAGAGAGAGAGAGAGAGAGAGAGAGAGAGAGAGAGAGAGAGAGAGAGAGAGAGAGAGAGAGAGAGAGAGAGAGAGAGAGAGAGAGGAUGCACGGCCUUAUGAUCCUGAUUUGACGUGAAAUUCUCACAACACGUUCCCUCUCUCUCACUUUCUCUUCGCACAAUGAGCUCUCAGCACUAGCUUACUAGCUGUGUGCAUCUACAAGUUGGCUGUGUUGACUGUAAUGCUCUCCUUGCGGCAGCAAAACCGCCAUCACUGACCAGCGGCUGUGAUUGUUUUCAUGGAUACACAGGAACUCACCCUGUAUGUGCAUUGUUGAGUCUGGAGAACUCUGGGAACUCUGGGACCUUGAAACGGUUUCCAUUCACAGCACUUCUGCGAAGGAAAACUAGUGAUAUGUUUCCUUUGUGACCCUUGAAUGGAAUGAAGAACUUCAUUGGCUUUUUCAAAAUGUUCUUUAAAAAAAAACUUUUGUGCUGUAGUCUUCAAUUUCUUUCACUUGCUCUGUUGACUUUUCCCUUUCACUUUUCAGCACAUCUUGAAGCAACGUUUGACUCUGUAACAUGCUUCUACUUGUGCUAUCCAAGUUUUUUAAAACAUUUCUGAUGUGGCAGAGUGACAACAACCCUAAUAUUUCUGGGAGAUAUACGUUUAGUGUCAGUUGUCCUUAAUGGCAAAA